AUGGGUCUGUACGGAGACGGCGAUGGUGGAAGCAUGGCGUCGAGACGGCAUGGAUCAAUCGGAAUUGAUUCAAUCGACAUCGCGAAAAUAUUAGCUGUGUAUUUCAGGGACAACGAGAAUUUGGCCACCGACGAGGAGAAGUUGCUGCUCACGGCGGAGCUUAUCCGCAUCUUCUCCGACUCACCUGGUAGAGACAUAGUUUCUCAGGUAAAUGAAGAAGGCGGGGGUUCCUUCUCUUUGUCGCUUGAUCUCCAACAAUUCAAGAAAAUUGUCGAUAUCCCGAACUUUUUCUUCAAUCUGGAGGAUAAUCCCAAAGGAGUUAUCCCAUGUAUGAGUGCUGCAGUUCACAAGGUUCUUUUAGGUCAGUGGGAGACUAAUGAGUUUGAUAAUGUUAUGAAGAUCAAUAUUCGUCUGCAUAAUUAUCCCGAAUCUUCAAUCUCCCUGAAAAACCUGAAAGCAACAUAUAUUGGAAAGCUUGUAACAGUUCAUGGGACUGUUGUUAAAGUUAGUACUGUGAAGCCCCUUGUCACACAGAUGACAUUUGACUGUGCAAAGUGUAAAAAUAGCAUAACCCAGGAAUUUACUGAUGGAAAGUUUUCACCUCCACAAAAAUGUGGCUCCCAUGGAUGCAAGUCCAGAAUUUUCACUCCAAUCCGGUCCUCCGCGCAGACAAUAGACUUUCAGAAAAUCAGGGUACAGGAAUUGCAAAAGCCUGAAGACCAUGAAGAAGGGCGAGUACCCCGAACUGUAGAAUGUGAGCUGAUGGAAGACCUUGUGGAUACAUGUAUCCCUGGUGAUGUGGUCACUGUUACAGGAAUUAUAGGAGUAAUUAAUAAUUACAUGGAUAUUGGAGGAGGGAAAUCGAAGUCCAAGAAUCAGGGAUUCUACUAUUUGUUUAUAGAGGCAGUUUCAGUUAAAAAUUCCAAGAAACAGUCUGCAUUUGAGAACCCAGAAGAUUCCAGUAUCAAUGUUCAGUCUGCAGAUGUUGGUGACUUAUAUUCAUUUUCACAGAGAGAUCUGGAAUUUAUUGUGAAGUUCAAAGAAGAAUAUGGCUCUGAUACAUUCCGUCGUAUACUUCAUUCAGUUUGCCCAUCUAUUUAUGGACAUGAAAUUGUCAAAGCUGGGAUAACGCUAUCCCUUUUUGGAGGUGUAAGAAAGCAUUCGAUGGAUCGGAACAAAGUUCCCGUCAGAGGAGACAUUCAUGUCAUAAUUGUUGGUGACCCUGGAUUGGGAAAAAGUCAGCUCUUGCAAGCAGCAUCUGCCAUUUCCCCUCGUGGCAUUUAUGUAUGUGGUAAUGCGACGACUAAAGCAGGGCUUACCGUUGCUGUAGUGAAAGAUUCCAUGACAAAUGACUAUGCGUUUGAGGCUGGUGCUAUGGUACUUGCAGAUGGCGGGUUGUGCUGUAUUGACGAGUUCGAUAAAAUGACCACUGAGCAUCAGGCUUUGCUAGAAGCAAUGGAACAACAAUGUGUCUCUGUUGCAAAGGCUGGGCUUGUAGCUAGUCUAUCGGCUCGGACUUCUGUUAUAGCUGCAGCAAAUCCUGUUGGUGGCCACUACAACCGUGCAAAAACUGUAAACGAGAACUUAAAAAUGAGUGCUGCCCUUCUCUCACGGUUUGAUUUAGUAUUCAUAUUACUUGACAAACCUGAUGAGCUACUCGACAAGCAAGUCUCAGAGCAUAUUAUGUCGCUUCAUUCUGGAAGUGGAGAAACAUCAUCUGCAUUAAAGAAAUUAAAGACAGCAUCACGGAAUGCUGGAUAUGCAAAUAUACAUGCGAAAGAAGGUUCUCUACUUUCAAGACUGCGGUUUGACUCUAAGAAAGAUGACGACUUUGCUCCAGUUCCUGGCCAAUUGCUUAGGAAAUAUAUUGCUUAUGCAAGGACUUUUGUCAACCCUAAGAUGUCAAAGGAAGCUGGAGAGAUCAUACAGAAGUUUUACUUGAAACUGAGAGACCAUAACACAUCCGCAGAUUGCACUCCAAUAACAGCAAGACAAUUGGAAAGUUUGGUCAGGCUUGCGCAAGCUAGAGCUCGGGUUGACUUAAGGGAAGAUAUAACAGUCCAGGAUGCUAUGGAUGUGGUUGAAAUAAUGAAAGAAUCUUUGUAUGAUAAGUUCGUAGAUGAACAUGGGGUUGUGGAUUUUGGUCGGAGUGGAGGAAUGAGUCAACAAAAAGAGGCCAAACGUUUCUUAAGUGCUCUUGAUAAGCAAUCAGAGUUGCAGCAGAAAGAUUGUUUCUCUAUUUCUGAGAUGUAUAGUUUAGCUGAUAGGAUCGGGCUACGAGUUCCAGACAUCGAUACUUUCCUAGAGAACCUGAAUAUUGCCGGAUAUUUGCUCAAGAAGGGACCAAAGACUUACCAGGUCCUCUCCUCAUCUUAUUCUCGGAGUCAGUCAUCCAGGUCAAGAUGA